UGGAGAGAACCAGCAGCUUCGGCGUGUACGAAUGACAAGGUUCGAAGUUGACGUGUGUGAGGACGCUAAUGACAGAAUGUGCUUCAACCACCCAUGCAGUUGCUGUCCAUCACAGCUUGCCUUGUUUAUUGGCAGGUUUUGCGAACAAGGAUGUUUUUCUGUUUUACUGGGGUCGAAAAUGGGAGAAGAUAAAGCUUCAAGGUCAUUCUACAGCCAUACGCGCAGUGGCAUUUCAUCCAACAGAGUCACAGAUCUUUGCAACUGCCUCAGAUGAUGACAUCAUCAAGGUAUGGAACCUGGAAGAAAGGUCUGUCGUUCGUACUCUGAAAGUUGCUGAGGGCGUUCGUACUCUGAAAGUUGCUGAGGGCAGCGAUUUGAAUAUCGGUGCAUGUCGAAGGGGAGGCCUCAUAAGUCUGGUUAGUCCCCUGGAAUCGGAUAAGAAAUACAAAAUGCCAGUGGAUUGGGAUCGUAUUCUAUCUCCUGUUUUUUGCACACGCAUCAUGGGGUUUUGUCCCAGGGUAGGGAAAUCACUGCUUAUCGCAUUCCACAAAGAAACGAUCCAGGUUUGGGACUAUAAGGAAGGAGUUUGCAUGGCAAAAUGGGAAGCACACGAUACGCCCACGAGGUCAGCCUUUUUCCAUCCACGCUUGCCGUACAUCUUUACUGUUGCAAAAGAAGGUAAAAUACGAAUUUGGAGCGAGACAAGCUAUCGGCAAGUGGCUUCCUAUUUUUUUGGAUACGCAGACAUUUCAAGCAUGAUUCCAUGUGGAACUUGUAACAAGCUUGUUCUUGGAGGUCGUGGGAUGUUCAAAGUGGUAGCGGUGGACAUAGGAAGGGAAGAACAGGAAAAUGAAGCGCAGAAGCAAAUGCAAUCUCCUUCAACAGAGAGCGCCCAGACUUCUGCAGGAGCAACCACGACGGGUGACGAAGCUGUCUUCGCAUUAAGAACACCUGUCAGUGUAGAGCUCGAAAACCGGAUUGUGCAAAUCAGGCUGGAAUUUGAGGAGAAGAUUAAGCAGGAAGUGGCAAAUGUUGAGCUGAACUGCAAGAAAGCACUUGAAAGAGGAGAGAAUCCAAGCUGAGCGGGUGCAGCUGCUGGAGAAAAGAUUAGAUGAAGAGGUUGCUAGACGAGAAAGACUGCAGGCUUGAAGUCCCUCAAACUCCCAUAACCAAUUUUCACAGGGAGAAAGUGACAGGCCUUGAGGAUAAAGGCUAGAGUCACGG